AUGUCAUCGUUUUCUGCUAGACUAUUAAAAGCACAACGAAAACAUAAAGUAAAUAAUGACAUAACAGAUAUCAUCGAAGAAACUAGACGAUGUCUAAAUCUCGGCAAUAGUCGAUUAUCUUCAUCGAAAUUUAAUUCCGUCUCUGAAACUGAAAGUAAUAAUAUACCGAAUAUUAUACCAUGGUGGGAAGAUAAUCAAGAAGAAAUAUACGAAAAUAAAAUCGAUCCCGAUGCGAUGUUAGCAACGGCAGAUGACACUUUAAAGAAAAUUGUCGAUGGUGCACUUGAUUUAAUGCUAACUAAUUCAAAAUCAAAAAUACAAAAACAAAUCAAGACAUUUGCCGAUCGAAAAAGGCUGAAACGAAGCCGAAGAAGUACUCGAUCAAACGAUAUUCAUAGUGAUAUCUAUUCAGAGCGAAUUGUUGAAUCAUUAAAAAAUAAUAAUUUUGUCACACCAAUUAAUUCGACCAAUGUCGGUCAUCAAUUAUUAGAAAAAAUCGGUUGGACUCCUGGUAAUGGUCUUGGCCUAAAUCAGAAUGGAAUAAAAACUCCUAUUGAAAUCAAUAUUCGUAAUCGUCGGCAAGGUCUAGGAUACGAAAAAUCGAUCGAUCAAUAG